CGCUUUCUCUGCCCUCCACUCAGCAGCAAUUGCUUGAGACGCCGGGCAGCGGGCAACAAUUCGGGAACUGGAAUUACACCAAAAGAUUAAAACAAAGCACAAAACAACCCCAUUAAAAAUGGAGACCAUUCACGAGAUCAUUCCGUUUGCCAAGGAGAUGUUGAGCCAGAAGCCCAGCCGUCACAUGGUGAAGGUUUACCUGGCAGGAAGUGCGAUGGCGUUCCUCGGGGUGGCGCUGGGCCUGGUGGAGACGGUCUGCCAGCCCUUCUCGGCUGAGGAGCCCCUGGACGAGGAGCUGGCCAGGCUGGAGGAGCGCGAGCAGCGUCUGCUGGAGGCUGAGAGGCAGAGAGAGCGGACAGAGGGGACCCCGCUGCAGAGUGAGGUGACCCAGCCCAAGAAGGAGAUUCAGCAGGCAGCGAUCAGGCGGAGGAGCUCAGCCAACAGACUGCAUGCAUCCUAAACACGCUGCUACACACACACACACACAGAUACAUGCACACCCUGCCACACACACAUAUACACACACACACACGUACUGUACUUGCACAUACACACAUGCGCACACAGAGACCGGAGACGUGUGCCCGCACACACACACACACACACAAAGACAGAGACCACAGACAUGUGCAUGCACAUACACACAGAGAGAGAGAGAGAGAGAGAGAGAGAGAGAGGAAGACAGAAAGAGAAAGGAGAGAGAGAGUUCCAUGACCAUGUGUUGAAUGACUAAAUACAGACUUGAUGUAUGAAUGACUGACAAAAGACUUGAAACCACCAUGCCAUACAUGGUGAUUAGUAUGUGUUGAUACACUCAAAGUGUCACAAAGAAAAACAGCACCCAUACCCUUGUUUCCGCUUUGAAGUCCACAGAAGACCAGACAGACAGCUUGAUUAAUUCUGUUAGGCUGCUUUGGUUUAGCAAUGUAAGGGAGUCUUGCCUGACAAAGCAAAGGUUUUAGCCAUUUAGCUGAAGUCCUUAUCCAGAGCAACAUGCACAGCUUACAUUCUUUUACAUACAGUCCAUUCAUGGAGCUGGGUAUUUUACAAAAGCAGCUCAGGUUAGCCAUCUUGCUCGACGGUACAAGAGCAGUGCUCCACCUGGGAAUGAAACCUGUAAGCUGUGAAGCUGUAAACCCAGUCCUCUAACCACUUUGUUACACGGCCAACCAGUAGUAAAAUCAGAGCGAGGUAAAAAAGACUCCCAAGAUGAGGAUAUUUCUGGCUGCUGCGCGGCUGGGGGUCUUGCGUGAGAUCCAUGACUGUCCCGUACUGUGAUGUUGAUGAUGUUACACUUGUUGAUUGUAUGAAUAUUUUUUAUACAGAAACUCCCAUGUACUGUAUUUUUCAGUGCUGUAUUUUCACUGUUUUUUGCAACUCAAUAAAUAGCUAUAUUUAUUUA